AUGAAUAGACCGGAGUAUGUGUCCGAGCACGUCGGUAUCCGCCGUUUUUCAUCCUUCCUGACUCGAAUGCACAACUUGCUGGACGAUGACGGUGUCUUCUUUCUUCAGUACUCGGGUCUGCGCAAGUCGUGGCAGUAUGAGGAUCUCAUCUGGGGCCUAUUCAUGAACAAGUAUAUCUUCCCUGGAGCAGACGCAUCGGUGCCACUGAGCUGGAUUAUUGAUAAAGCCGAAGCUGCCGGCUUUGAUGUCAAGCAGAUAGAUACUGUCGGUGUUCACUACUCCGCAACUGGCUUGGCAACCAUUUGGACCUACUUUCUCGCUUACGGGAGGAUCGCUUCCCGCCAAGGCACCGCCACUUGCUUCCAGAUCACUCUCGUCAAGAACAUCAACUCGACUCACCGAAUCGACGGUGUUCCCACCCAGUUUGCUCUCUCGGGGGCUCUGGACAACAGCAAGGCGGAUAUCAAGGCUUGGGCUGCCAAGAACAACGUGUCUUCGCCCUCGGAGUACCUUUCCUAA